GCAUGGAGUUUAUCUGUGAUCAGAGCCGUCAUCUGUAUCGGUUUGGUAAGUGCAAGUGAGGAUUUUCUUCAAAAUUACAAGAAAAUACGUGCAAAUAUUAAGUGAUUUGUGCAAAAGUCAGUGCCUAGUGGUUACCAUUUUAACAAGCAACAAUCACGAAAAUAUUCGACGAACAUGUUUUCAUUUCACAAGCCGAAAGUUUACCGUUCGUCUACCGGUUGUUGCAUCUGCAAAGCCAAGUCCAGCAGUUCGAGAUUUACCGACAGCAAAAAGUACGAGGAGGACUUUUUGAAAUGCUUCAAAUUGGCAACGCCGCGCCAAGGUGAAAUAUGUAAUGCGUGCGUGCUAUUGGUCAAGAGGUGGAAGAAGUUGCCGGUGGGGUCCGAACGUAACUGGAAACAUGUGGUGGACGCCAGGGCAGGUCCCGGAAUGAAAUCCCUUAGUAAAUUUAAAACAAAGAACAAGAAGAUGAGCCUUGGAGGAGGUGACAAAUUAAAAAAGAAACACUUUGAUAGAGAGUACAGUCCUGUUUUGUCGGAUCAUGAGGACAUGGAUAUGCACGAUUUGGACUGCUUGUCUGAAGAGGCGCGUAGUGUUGGGUCAUCAAGAAAUGAGAGUCCUGGUGUAAGUGAUAACGAAGACCACUUGGAGCAACAUCAAACAACUCGGGGUAGGAGGCGUAAAGCCAAGCCGAGGAAACUGGAAGAUAUGCACUAUCAGGUUGGCAGUUUUAUUGACCUGGACUAUUGGAGGAAAGAAACGAUUUGCUGUGGCACAAUAUUCCUCGGGCAAAAUGACGAGAUUAUGGUGGAAACUAGAUCGUUAAAACCGUGUUCGGCCCGUAUGGCGAUGCACAAAGCUAAAGCAAUUAUUGCCGCGACACCGAUUAACAUCUCCGAAGGCCCGGUGAAGUCGGUGUAUAGCGAUAGCAGUUCGGAUUCUGGCUACGAUGAUUGUUCCAAUCAAGGGAUUGCAAUGUCUCCAGAAGCUACAGUAGAACACGCCAACCGACUUUUAGAAGCGGCAAAUCGAGUGCUCGUGCAGGAAAACAGGACGGUCGUGCAGGAAAAUUGCGUUGUAACCCAACCUAUUGACUUAAUGUGCCACGAGACGUUGUUCCCCCAAGAAAAGGAGGUGAGAAAUUUGGUGAUCGGAGACAGUCUCGGCCUUUAUCAAUCGCAAGAAACGAUCAUACGUCAUUAAUGAACGUGUUGCGGUGAGUUUUCUAGAUUAACGUUAGUUUGGGCUGUAAUUUGUGGUGAUGCCGGCUCGGACUGUUUGUCCUUCGACCCAGAUAUAUUGGACUUUUAAUUUCGUAAGGUGCAAGAAGUUUUACUGUUAUGGUGCAUUAUUUUAUAAUUGAUAUAGUUUCUGGUGUACUUAAUUUCGCUAAAACUGUGGCACAAAUUGUGUUCUUUUAUGGAACGGCUCGUUAUUGUCUUUUAGGCGAUUUCGGGUCGACCGAUUGAUAAGUUAUAUUAUGUAUAGAAAUAGAUAUAUUAUGAUUAUGGUAAUAUAUAGUAAUUUAUUUAUAA